AUGUCGAGCGACUCCGACGACCUCCCGCUCGCGCGGAGGGCCGCCCCGGCCGCUGCAGCGGCCCCUGCGGCCCCGAAGCCCGCUCCAGCGCCCGCGGACAGCUCCGACGACGACCUGCCGCUGUCGAAGCGGGUAGAGGCGGACAAGAAGGAGCCAGGGAAGCCCGCCCCAGCGAAGCCGCAGCCACCGGCGCCGAAGCCAGAGGUCAAGAAAGAGCCUCCACCAUCAGCGGGCCCUGCUCCCGGCGCAGCCAAGCCGUCUCCGGCGCCCGCGGGCGCCGAGAAGAAGCCGGACGUGAAGCCCAGCGCUCCGGAGAAGAAGCCGGAGGUCAAGCGCGAGGCGAAGCCGGCCAAGCCCGCAGCAGGUCCAAGCAAGCCCGAAUCGAAGCCGGACGUCAAGGCUGAGAUCAAGCCGGCGGUCAAGGAGAAGCCCAAGUUCGAGAAGCCGGGGCAGACGCGCGAGCCGCCGGACGAGAGCGACGCGCUGCGGAAGUUCUACACGUCGUUGUACGCGCAGCGCCCGGCGUCGAUGAUGGCGCGCGGCUGGAUGUGCCAGCACGGCCUCCUCCCGACGGACGAGGCGCUCAAGUACCUCGAGGAGGCCGGGAAGACCGCGGCGCUGCGGAAAGCCCGCGGCGAGACCGGGCCGUCGAAGCCGCGGGCGCCGAAGCGGCCGGCGUCGGAGAGCGGCGACGCGCCGAAGAAGAAGAAGGCGGCGGCGAAGACGGACAAGGACGGGAAACCGCGGCCAAAAAAAGCGAAGAAGUCCCACAGCGACUCCGACGACGAGGUGCUGAUCUCCAAGGUGCAGAAAAGCAAGCGCGCGCGCGGCGGCGACGCGAACUUCGACGACCUCUUCGACUAG